AUGGUGAUUAUCUUUGGCUCUCUAGUUACUGACCUUACUGUUUAUAUCUUUUUUUUCUCUCUAGAUUUGUUGCCAUCCAAAGAUGACAAAGAUUUAACAAAAUGUUUUCUGCUACAAGUGGUAAAUAUUCUUCUGCACUACAUCGAAAAAACUUUUGAUGUCAAGAGUAAGAUAUUGGACUUUCAUCAUCCUCAUCAACUUCUUGAAGGUUUGGAUGGGUUUAACUUACAACUGUCUGACCAUGCUGAGUCUCUGGAGCAGUUGCUUGUUGAUUGCAUAGAUACCUUAAAAUAUGGCGUUAAAACAGGACAUCCUCGCUAUUUUAAUCAGCUCUCCAGUGGGCUGGAUGUGAUUGGACUUGCAGGGGAAUGGUUGACAGCCACUGCAAAUACCAACAUGUUUACAUAUGAAAUAGCUCCAGUAUUUACUGUCAUGGAAACAAUUCUGCUCAAGAAAAUGUGUGAAAUUAUUGGCUGGGGAGAAACAGAAGCAGAUGGAAUAUUUUCACCUGGUGGGAGUAUAUCGAACCUCUAUGGUAUAUUAGUAGCUCGUUAUAAGCAAUACCCAGAGAUAAGAACAAAAGGCAUGAGAGCACUUCCAUGCAUUGUAUUAUUUGUUUCCGAACAAGGUCAUUAUUCAGUAAAAAAAGCUGCAGCAAUCCUUGGUAUUGGAACUGAUAAUGUAAUUGAAGUAAAAUGUGAUGAGCGGGGAAAGAUGAUUCCAGCUGAGUUAGAGAAAAAUGUAUUACAAGCUAAAAGAAAGGGCCAAACUCCUUUUUGUGUCACUGCCACUGCUGGCAGCACAGUGUUUGGUGCCUUCGACCCUCUUCACGACAUUGCAGACAUUUGUGAGAUGCACAAACUCUGGAUGCAUGUGGAUGCAGCGUGGGGAGGUGGAUUGUUGCUGUCUAGAGACCAUUCCUAUAAACUCAGCGGCAUUGAAAGGGCCAACUCUGUGACCUGGAAUCCACAUAAACUCAUGGGUGUCCCCCUUCAGUGCUCUGCUAUCUUGAUCCAGGAAAAAGGACUUCUGGGAGCAUGCAACCAGAUGGGAGCUGGAUACCUUUUCCAGCCUGAUAAACUCUACAAUGUUGACUUUGACACUGGGGAUAAAGCUAUUCAGUGCGGGCGACAUGUUGAUAUCUUUAAGCUGUGGUUAAUGUGGAAGGCAAGGGGAACCUAUGGCUUUGAAGCACAGAUCAACAGAUAUAUGGAACUUGCAAAAUACUUUUAUAAAGUUUUAAAGAAAAAAGAUAACUUUAAGCUUGUGUUUGAUGCAGAGCCCGAAUUCACCAAUGUCUGCUUCUGGUACUUCCCACCAAGACUUAAACAUAUUCCAAAAGGUUUUGAAAGGGAUCAAGAACUACAAAAGAUUGCUCCAAAGAUUAAAGCACAGAUGAUAGAGGAAGGUACAGCCAUGAUAAGCUACCAGCCAUGUGGGGACAAAGUAAAUUUUUUUCGAAUGGUCUUUUCUAAUCCUGCCACAAGACAAAGAGAUUUUGACUAUCUUAUUGAUGAAAUUCAAAGACUUGGGAAAGAUUUAUGA